AGUGGGGUGUUCGGGCUGUGGGAGGGGAAACUCUGAGCAGCCCGCUGACAUGAAGGGAAGGUCGGACUGUUAGAGGCCUGAAGUCCGUAUCUGUCCUCCGGCCGGUGCUCGUCAUGGACUUCGUGCUGAGCGGAGCGGCGGCCUGCGGGGCCUGUCUGUUCACCAACCCGCUGGAGGUGGUCAAGACGCGGAUGCAGCUGCAGGGAGAGCUGAAGAGCCGCGGCACCUACCAGGUCUACUACCGCAACGUGUUCCACGCUUUCUACACCAUCGGCAAAGUGGACGGACUGGCCGGCUUGCAGAAAGGGCUGGUGCCCGGACUCUUCUACCAGUUCUUCAUGAAUGGAGUCCGGCUCGGCUCGUACGCCAUCAUCGAGUCCUCGGGUUACAUCCACACCAACGGCAGGGUCAGCGCGGUCAAAACCACCGUAGCCGGAGCGGUGGCCGGAGUGGUGGGAGCCGUGAUGGGCAGCCCCAUAUACCUGGUGAAGACUCAUCUGCAGAGUCAGUCUACCUCCUGUAUCGCAGUUGGCCAUCAGUACAAACACCAGGGGAUGAUCCACGCUCUGGUGGCCAUCUACAGGGAGCAGGGCGUUCUGGGGCUGUGGAGGGGCUCCAGUGCUGCUGUGCCGAGGGUCAGCGUGGGGUCGGCCGCUCAGCUCAGCACCUUCUCCUCCUCCAAGGAGCUUGUCAUUGACCUGCAGGUGUUUCCAAAGAACAGCUGGUUGGUGGCCCUGAGUGCCGGCAUGAUCAGCAGUGUGGUGGUGGUGCUGGCUAUGACGCCUUUUGACGUGGUGAGCACACGCCUCUACAACCAGCCUGUGGAUCAUUUGGGCAAGGGGCAGCUUUAUAAAGGAUUCACUGACUGCUUUUCCAAGACACUGAAGAAGGAGGGCUUGACGGGACUCUACAAAGGCUUGGGAGCCUCUUAUUUCCGACUCGGCCCUCACACCAUUCUGUCUCUGUUCUUCUGGGAUGAACUGCGCAAAUUUUACAAGCAGUUCAGAUAACACCAGGCACGAGGAAAAUGGGUAACUCAUUAAGUUCUGAGUGCACAGGUUAAAUGAAUCCUCAUUUAAUGAGUUUACGAUUUUGAGGUGAAAGAAAAACCAGGAGAUGCUCUGCUUUCUUAAUGGCAAAGAGCAAAGGUAACGUUUUACACUCCAAUGAGAAAACACAUUGUAGGCAAAAAGUGUCAGGAAGGAAGGCGAAAUAUCAAAACUGCAUUCAGGAGCUCAAUAAUGUACCUGACAGACAUCAUAAAUGCACUUGGAUUUGUCUUGGUGACAAAUGUGCACAGAUAUAACUGUACAAGAGGCUGUGCGUCCUCCAGAGAAAGUACAUCAAACAUUAUCACUCUUUUAUAGCUCUUAAACUCUUUAACUUUGUCAUUCCAAAACAUAAGAAAGAAACAAAGAACCUGCUUUCAGGAGAAAGCAUCCAAUGUGGCCUUCAGACUGAGAAAAUGCCCACAGCCACUUACCUACAGCCACAUCGCUAUGAUUCAGUCUUAUUAAAUGUGUGUGCUGAAGCCGAGCUGAAGAAAAUGUGACAGUUAUAAAAAUGUCCUGCAAUGACCUCGUGUUGGCAGGAGAUGACUCAGACUAUAAUAUAGCGACAGAAGCAAUAAGUCCUGGAAGCAAAUUUGCCUUUAAGGUAACAAGUCUUGUACGAGUCAAACCUGCUGAUCACUGAGUCACCAGUGAGUUAGUCAGCCAGAAGCUGGCCAAACUGAACUUGGAUGAAGUUUGGUGAAGUCUUGAGUUUGAAUAGCUUGAAUAACUCCAAUAAAGCUAAAUCUAAUGGCAAUGUAUAGAAUAAGAUAAGUUGAAUAGAAAAAGGGAAGACUGUAAAGGGAUUAAGGGCAGCUCUUGGCCAAGGAAUGACAUCUGUAGUAGACUAUAAUGCUUCAAAGUUUGGUCUGUAGUUUUCACAGCAGAGGAAGAAAAAAACUGUUUGCAUCUAAUAUGCAAACAAAGCAUAUAGUUUGCCCAAUGAAACUACCAAAACAAGAUGUGAAAGCUAUUGUUGUACAGGAUGUCUGCUACAGUCACUGUCGGGAUGCAUCAAGGAGGUUACAUGUUUUUUACAGAAGAAUACAGUGUGCACCCAUUGUGGUUUUAGUUACUGAUGACAUGAUGCAGCAUAAAUAUGAAUCUGGUGUUCUGUGAGGGCAAAAAUGAAAAUAUCCCAUUUAAACAAGGGAGUAGAAGCAUGUGUUUCAUUCUUCAACUGCCUUCAGUAUAAUUCUUAGUAAAUAUUGUGGAUAUGGGUCGUUCUGACCAGAGACCAGUGUACUGACAUGUAUAUACAAAUACAAUUCAGAGCAUGUUAAGGGUCAUAUUUGUUUAUUAGGGACCGAAACAUAAACCUACAGUUGUAAGUGACUAGAUUGAUGCCAGACUACAGCCUAAUUAGGCUAUUAUAUGUGUGUUUGGCAUUUAAAAUACACAAUAAAACCCAAACAAUACUAAUUAAAGUAAAUGAGGAAAGACUCCUCAGCGUCUGUCAUAAAACAGUUUUCUUCAGUGACUCUUCAUGAAUACAUAUGAAGUGGUAGAACCAGAAACACUGACAGGUUAAUUACACAUUUAUAGAUAUGUUUUAAAGUGCCAAAAGUACUUUUACUUUUAGACAUAUUUUACAGAACUUUACGUAUUAGUGCAGCACCAUCGUUUUUCCUUUAUAUAUUACUAAUGAACAAUUAAAAUUUAAAAAAAUAGAUGAGUUAACUUUAUGAAUCGUUGUCUUUAUGCUACAUGAAUUUAUUAUAUUAAUUUGGGUCCAGACUUCUUAAUUCUUUCCUCUGUGUUUCUACAGCUGUAAUAUUCAGUAUAUGAAGUAAUUUCAGAGACACAGUGUUACACCUUUACGCAUGCUCACAGAGAGCUUGUCAGUGAAGCUUGACAUGCUUUUUCCAGUAUUUUAGAAAUGCUCAAAUGUACUGAUUCACUUGUGAUGGCAAAAUCCAAAUGAUUAUCUAAAUGUAAUUCAAUUAAUUGCAGCAUUUAGUGUGUUGAAAUAGUCCUGAACGCUUUUCCAGCGCAAGUUUUCUUUUCAAAAUUGACAAAAACACUCUUCUUCUAAACUCAUUCUAAUAUCAGAAGCUUGUUACUGAAUGAUACUGUCUGCCUAAAUAAUCCACACACAACAAAGACACAAUAAAUUUCAGCAAUUUGGCUUUUUAAAUUUUUUUUUAAAAUUAUGGCAGUUUUUUGUUACUUGUUGCCAAUGAAUAUCAAAAUUAAUAGUUUUACAAUAUAUUUCCGCAAGAGUGACAACUUUUUGCAGGUUAUUUAUUCCAACUGAGACACUCCUGCCUAUUAAUGAUAAUAUUUCAGUGUUUGAAAAACUUUAAGACAGUGGAGUUUCCUUGAAUGUUGAAGAAGUGUGUUAAUUUGCUGAACAUUCAUCAUCACAGUAUCAGUGUGCUGCUCAUUCAUGGUUCUAUGAAGCCUUUAGUCCAACAGUCAGAUUACCAUCAAAUGGACACUGUUUUGGACGCUAAAGUAACACAAACUGUUGUCUGUCCUUUGAGCCAGAUUUGGUGCUUUCUUCUUAAAGUGUAUUAUUCACGUCAAGGAGUCAGGAAUUUAAUGAAACAGUAUCAGUUAUCGGUCAGCAUCUUUCCAUGUGACAGCACAAUGUGUUUGUCAUAAAUGCACUGUAGCUAUAAGAACACAUUUUUGUCUGUUAAACUUCCAUCACAGACAGCAGAGUAAUGUUACUUGAGUUUAUUUUAUAUAAUGAAGUUGAGGUUUUGGUCUUCUUUUAGGAACAAUAUAUCCACAGAGAGGGUUGCCGUUUUUCUACUUUUGAAGUUACUUUGUUUUAUUUUGCUCAUUUGUGCUAUAAAUGCUGUAUGUGGUUCCACUUGCCAUUUUAUUAUGUAAAUGAACAUAUUUUUCAUUUUGUCGGAUGAAGUGAAUCCAAGUGGUCAAGGUCACUGUACUUAACUCCAGUAGCUGCUGUACUGUAUGUUUCAAUUAUAAAUAUAAGGUAUAAUAAUUAGGGAUGCAUGAUGAUAACGGCUCAUCAUCAGUAUCAACUGAUCGGCGUAGAAUGAAGGAUGAGAAUAUUACAUCUAAACAAAUACAGCCUGUUUUAUGUUUUCUUAUUCUGCCCAGUGAAUGCAUUUAAUAAACAUUCUAUUUCAUGUCUGCACCUGCCAGUGGACCAUCAGAACAAUCUGAAAAAGGCCAAUAUUGACCAGUAAUAUUGAUUUUUAUCUAUGCUUAUUCCACUUUUAGAGAGAUCUGCUGUUGUGUGCAAAUAGACUGAAAAAGUAUGCGUGUAUAUCGGUAUCUGCAAUCAGCCGAAAUGAGUCGUAAAAUAUCGGCAAGAACCCAGUCUCAUGGCUCCCUAAUUAGAGUCAGAUUACAGUAGUCUUCCCCAGACCACACUAUGAGACUAUGACAUAUUGUCUUUUAAAUAAUAGUUGAAGCACAUCUGAUCACAAAUGUCAAACUUUGUGCCAAACCUGUGCCAUCAACGGUCAACAAUUCCCCCACCUUUCCCUGCUUCAGCCAUGCCAUUAAAAUAAAUUACAGAGAGAGGUUGGAAAAUGAUGUCAAACAUGUCUGAAAAUCCAUUUUGUCAUAUUAUUACUUUUGUUUGGAAACUGCUGAACUCACUUGCAGAUGGUUUCACUGUAAAGAUCAAACCUCUUUCCAGCUCUAAGAGGUGAGAAGGGUUAAUGAAUGUCGGUUACAUUUCAUGAAUGUGUUACAAAAUGCACUUCCUAUCAUGGGAUGUCAAUAUUUAUGUGCACUGCACAAGGAGAGCCAAUAAAUUAUCAAAUUAUGUCUUUAUUGACAGACA